AGCUCAUAAUAAUCUGUAUCCAACUUCACAAUUGUUUCAAACUAACAGACUAAUAAAACGGCUGCUAUUUUUGUUAGCUUUUCUUUUUUUUAAUGUUCGAGACAGGUUUAAUCUAUAUUUAAAUGAAUUUUAUUUAGAAAGUAUGAAACUCGCGAUUACCGGAAUAAUACUGGCCCGCCCCUACAGGACACACCUUUUCUGCCAUGUAGUGGUUUGUAUGGAGGGCGGUGCCGAUGCUGGGUGUGCUGGGUGUGAGGCUGCCGGGUCCUGGGACAGUAAAAUCCACCGGGUACCUUCUCAGCAUCACAAGCAGACACGGGUGAUAUGGCGGUCGAGGCUGAAGGGCUCCGGGUCUUUCGGAGGGCAACCAUAAAGAUAGGCGAGGCGAAGAACAUCCUGCCUUACCCAGGACCCACCCGCAUGCGGGACUGCUACUGCACCGUCAACCUGGACCAGGAGGAGGUCUUCAGGACCAAGGUCAUUGAGAAAUCCUUAUGCCCUUUCUAUGGAGAGGAAUUUUUCUGUGAAAUCCCACGGAGCUUCCGGCAGCUGUCCUUUUACAUUUUUGACAGAGACGUAUUCAAGAGGGACUCCUGCAUUGGCAAAGUAGCUGUGAAGAAGGAGGAUCUGCCAAAGUACCAGGGCAAAGACGCCUGGUUCCAACUGCAGCCAAUCAGCGCAGAUUCUGAGGUGCAGGGGAAGGUCCAUGUGGAGAUGCAGCUGAGUGAUGUCAUCACAGACAGUGGCACUGUUGCUCAGAGACUAACGACGCGUGUGCUGGAGUGCCAGGACUUACCCAUCUUCAAUGGACAUUGUGACCCCUACGCUACAGUGUUACUGAUCACACCCUCCGGGUCCGAGGUCAAAAAGACGAGAGUGAAGAAGAAGACCAACAGCCCCCAUUUUGAUGAAGUCUUCUAUUUUGAGAUGCAGAACUACAACAUCAAACAACACUUUGAUGCCAACGAAGAAGAUACGGACAAAACAGUACUGAGGGUAGACCUGUGGAAAUCCAGCAACCUGAAAUUUGGAGAUGAGUUCUUGGGAGAGGUCAGUAUCCCUCUGACAGUACUGACUGCGUCUGGCUCUCAUAAUGCAUGGUACUUCCUACAGCCCAGGGAUAACGGCAGCAAGUCAGUGAAACCGGAAGAACUGGGCUCCUUACGGCUGAAUAUAACUUACACCGAGGACCAGGUCCUCACCUCGGAGGUGUACGGCUCGCUGAGAGAGCUGCUGCUGAAGUCGGCCUGCUCGCAGCCGGUGUCGGCCUCCAUGGGCCACGUCCUGGGGCAAGUGUGCAGGGAGAAGCAGGAGGCAGCUGCGCCACUCGUCCGCCUGUUCCUGUACUACGGGAAGGUCGUGGCUUUCGUCAGCGCAAUCGCCAGCGCAGAGAUCAGCAGAACACAGGAUCCCAACACCAUUUUUCGUGGGAAUUCACUGGCUUCCAAAUGUAUCGAUGAAGUCAUGAAGCUGGCAGGGAGGCACUACCUGCAGAUGACUUUGGGGCCAAUCAUAGAUGAGAUCUGCACCAGCCACAAACCCUGUGAGAUUGACCCUGGGAAGCUGAAGGAGUCAGACAAUCCGGAAACAAACAGAGAAAAUUUGCGGCAGUAUGUGGAUCGGAUCUUCCGGGCCAUCACCACGUCUGGAGUUCGUUGUCCUACUGUCAUGUGUGACAUCUUCUUCUCCCUGAGGGAAUGUGCGGUCAAGCAUUUCCAAGGGGAUCAGGAUGUUCAGUACACGGCUGUCAGCAGUUUUAUCUUCCUGCGCUUUUUUGCUGCGGCCGUUCUUUCCCCCAGCCUUUUCCAGCUUCGGUCUCACUACCCGGACCCCUCCACCUCCCGCACCCUGACAUUGAUCUCCAAGACCAUACAGACCCUUGGGAGCCUCGCCAAGCCCAAGUCUGGCAGCUUCAAAGAAUCGUACAUGGCUGCUUUUUAUGACCACUUCAACGAGGAGACAUACGCGGCUGGUGUGAAAGACUUUUUGGACCUGAUCUCAUCAUCUCAGAGGUGGGACCAGAAUGUCAUUGAAACACCAGUGAUGCUGAAAGAAGGGUUCAUGACAAAGAGAGCCCAGGGCGGGAAAUGCUUUGGCCAGAUGAAUUUUCAGAAGAAAUGGUUCCGUCUCACUAACCACGAGUUCAUAUACCGUAAAAACAAAGGCAGUGGGAUGCUCCGCCGCAUCCCAGUAGAAAACAUCCUCGCAGUGGAACAUCUGGAAGAGGAAUCUUUUAACAAGAAGAACAUGUUUCAGGUCAUCCAGCCAAAGAAGACACUUUACAUUCAAGCCACUAACUGUGUGGAGGCACGUGAUUGGAUGAACAUCCUCACCAAAGUCAGCCAGUCCAACCGUCAGCGCCUAAGAACCUAUCACCCGUCUGCCUUCCACAAUGACCUCUGGCCGUGCUGCAGAAUGGCUGCAGACUCUGCUCCAGGAUGCACUCCCUGCACAGGAGUUCUACCAGACAACAUCGAACUCGACGUUGAUGGAGAUCGAGAAACCGAACGCAUCUUCUGCCUCUUCAGCAGAUACAUGGACAGGCUGGAGAAGAUGCAAGAGGCAUGUGGCAGUAAGGCCGUGUACCACGGGCUGGAGCUAAAUGACGACUUCAUCAUAGAUGACCCACAGGAGACCUACAAGACGCUGAAGCAAAUCAUGAUGUUUGUGCGCCUGCUGGAGUUGGAACAUGCUCAAUAUAAACGUGAAAAGUUUAGAAAAACGAGAUAUGGCAGCGAGGAAUAUCCAAUCGGAGACAGCAGCUUUCAGAGCUUCGUCACCCAGCUGUCUGGAAACUCUGCACAUGACAUCUGACCCUCCAGCAGCACUGACCAGGACCAUGCUCUGAGCUCCAGUGGUCCAACUGCACUUCCCUUCUUGUCCCUUAAGAAGGACAUUUCCCACAAUAAUAUAGGGGGUACAUUUGCACUUUAAAUACCCAAACAUUAGGGUAAAGUCAAUAGAUGGCAUCUUUUAAAUGUACUUUUUUAUGCUGAUUUCUAAAUUUGUUUUCACAUUACCCUCAAAAGAGGAAUAGUCAAGUUCUCAGGAUUAUACUGCAUAUCCGUACAUUUUUGCGGAUAGGUGAGUCUAUGCAAAUCAAUAUCCAUUCAAUAAUCUAAUUUCUUAAGCGCUUGUCCUAUGUAGGGUCGCGGGGGGUCUGGAGCCUACGCUGGAAUAAUGACUCAUUUUUUUCCCCCACAGACUUUAAAAUUACAAAAUGCCUUUAGGGAAACUUACAUGGGGUCAGUGGUACAACUGCAAUGUCUGGACACACUCACACACCAUUCACACAGAUUCACACCUAAGAACAAUUUGGUAACUCUGGUUCCAGCUCAGCAUGUUUUUAGACUGUGGGACCGGAGUACCUGGAGGAAAGCCAGCGACGACAUGGGGAGAACAUGCAGACUCCACACACACAGCCAGUGUGGGGACUCACACCCCGGUCCCACAGGUGUGAGGCGCAAGGCAUUAUUUCUGCUCUAAAAAGUUUUUCUAUAAGGACGCUUUUCACUUCCUGAGCACCUUGAAGUAAUUUUGUGGCGUUAAAGUUCUUUACACAAGCAAGUGAGCUUCUACUUGAAUUCUAAUUCUUCUGUGUUCGCAUGGCUGAAUCUCAAUUGCAGGCUGCAAAAAGGGAACUGUAGUAAUGUAGGACAAUAUUAAAUAACAGCCAAGCUUAAAACAGGCACUUUUACAUUCAGUGUUCAUAUGAAUUACAAUUAAUUAAAGCUAAAAAUAGCAAGUUUGACUCAUUUUUUCCCCCCCACAGACUUUAAAAUUACAAAAUGCCUUCAGGAAAACUUACAUGGGGUCAGUUGUUAAAAAUGUGAAUUUUGGUCUUGGAUGUUCAUGGAUAAACAUGGGGCAGAGGUACAACUGCAAGAAGUAUCUUUAAAUAAGUUCACAUGAACAUUAACUGUAAUACUGUUUAUACAAUAGUGAUAUAUAUAAAAAUACCCCAUUAGUAAUUCCCACACGAUACAGGUUCUGACAACAGUUACAUGUCAGUAUACCUAAUAUUAACUCCAUCAUUAGUAUUAUGGAAGGAUUCAAAUGCCCAUGAUGUAUAACAGAUGCUAGCUAAUAACUACAAAUUUAUGUAUAUAGAGUCAAACCAGCAUUAGAUUGACUUACUAUGUUUUAAAUUAUCUGGGAGAAAAGGAAAAUUGUAUAUUUUCUAUAAUUUCUAUAUUUUUCUAUGCUAAACAACUGUUCACUUUGGCUUUAGAUAUCCCUUUAGAUAAUUUGCAUUAUCAUUGUGUUGUGUAAACAUUUGAUAUUAGAAUAAAAAUUUGAUGACUUUGUGGCCCAAA